GAGGAGGCCCGGCCGCGACCCGGGCCGCGAGCUGAGGAGCCGCCCGGUCUCCCCGCGCUCCCUCCGGCGGCGUCCCCAGCCCUCGGCCCCUCUGUUGCCGGCCUCCGGCUCGCCAGCUGCGAGAGUGGCCUCAAGAUGGAUGAAGACGGCGGCGGCGAGGGUGGUGGCGUGCCUGAAGACCUCUCAUUAGAAGAGAGAGAAGAGCUUCUAGAUAUUCGUCGAAGAAAAAAGGAACUUAUUGAUGACAUUGAGAGGCUGAAAUACGAAAUUGCAGAAGUGAUGACAGAGAUCGACAAUCUAACUUCCGUAGAGGAGAGCAAAACGACUCAGAGGAACAAACAGAUAGCCAUGGGAAGAAAGAAAUUCAACAUGGAUCCCAAAAAGGGAAUUCAGUUUCUAAUAGAAAAUGACCUGCUACAGAGUUCCCCAGAAGACGUCGCCCAGUUCCUUUAUAAAGGAGAAGGCCUAAAUAAGACCGUCAUUGGGGACUACCUGGGUGAAAGGGAUGAAUUUAAUAUUAAAGUUCUUCAAGCUUUUGUUGAACUCCAUGAGUUUGCUGAUCUCAACCUUGUACAAGCCUUAAGGCAGUUCUUAUGGAGCUUCAGGCUGCCGGGGGAGGCGCAGAAGAUUGAUCGCAUGAUGGAGGCUUUUGCUUCUCGCUACUGCCUGUGCAACCCCGGGGUCUUCCAGUCCACAGACACGUGCUACGUGCUGUCAUUCGCCAUCAUCAUGCUCAACACCAGCCUGCACAACCACAACGUGCGUGACAAGCCCACGGCAGAACGGUUCAUCGCCAUGAACCGCGGCAUCAACGAGGGCGGGGACCUCCCUGAGGAGCUGCUGAGGAAUUUGUAUGAGAGCAUUAAGAACGAGCCAUUUAAGAUCCCGGAGGACGACGGGAACGACCUGACGCACACCUUCUUCAACCCCGACCGCGAGGGCUGGCUCCUGAAGCUGGGAGGACGCGUGAAGACCUGGAAGCGCAGGUGGUUCAUCCUGACUGAUAACUGCCUCUAUUACUUUGAAUACACAACAGAUAAGGAGCCCAGGGGAAUCAUCCCGUUGGAAAACCUCAGCAUCAGGGAGGUGGAGGACCCCCGGAAACCCAACUGUUUUGAGCUCUACAAUCCCAGCCACAAAGGGCAGGUCAUCAAGGCCUGUAAGACGGAGGCGGACGGCCGCGUGGUAGAGGGGAACCACGUGGUGUACCGGAUCUCAGCCCCGAGCCCGGAGGAGAAGGAGGAGUGGAUGAAAUCCAUCAAAGCCAGUAUCAGCAGGGAUCCCUUCUAUGACAUGUUGGCAACGAGGAAACGAAGGAUUGCCAAUAAAAAAUAGCUUUCCUGGCUACAAGACCCAGGUAAAAGACCCAACCCCAGCAGAAAGACACUGCGGGCCGCCCCUCCGCGGAAGGCGUGGCAGGGAGGCGGUCGCCCUGCGGUGCAAGCUGCUUCUCCAGAGUGUACCGUGGCCCAGAUGGCAUCCCCGAGGCCUCGUGCCGUGGCUGGGGUCCUGGGAGGUGGUCGCCCUGCAGUGCAAGCUGCUGCUUCAGAGCAUACUGUGGCCCAGACUGAUCCUCGAGGCCUUGUGCCGUGGCUGGGGUCAUGGUCGGCUGCGCGUGUCCAGAAGUAUUCCUUCCUGCGACCGUCCCCGGCGGCCCUGGGGGGAGAAGCCAGGACAGCAGCUUCCGCUCUCUCCACAGCAGACACCGGACGGAUUCCACAGAUGGGAGCCUCAUUCGUACCAUGCCAAACGCGUUCACUCGGGGCAGUGUUAACCGUUCUAGAAAGCCACUGUUUUAUAGCAAAACAGGAAAGGAAAAGCUACCAGUUUUUUAUUCAGAAUUUUUUCUCAGAUAUAUAGGAUUAUAGCUUUUAUAUGCAUUUUUAUAUUCUGAAAUUAUAACAAAAGAUACUUUCUAACAGUAGUAUUUUUAGAAUGGCAGCUAUAAAGUUAACUCCUGGACACAAGUAUAUACUGUGCACUGAAAAAAUAUCCAUCUAGACGCAGCACCCAAGGGGAGGGCUGGGGGACACCAGCACGGGGGGCCACGUGCAGCCCUGCCCUGUCAGGCUGUCAGGCAAGCCCCGGGGGCAGCAGGUGGGCUCUGGACGGGCUCGGGGAGGGAUGGCCAUGGCACUUGGGGGCUCCAAGGUGACUCCCAUGUGGCCUCCCUUCAACCCAGGCUUUUUGGCCCCACAGGUACUUUAAGCAAAUCGUUAAAGUGAUAACAGUUAAUGGUUUGGGGUGUUUAGCCUGUAACUGCUAACUCCUAGGAAACAGCUUUUCCCUGGACACAGAUGGUCCAUAUGCUGAAUCACGUGAAACUGCUCAUGUUUUGUUCAGACACACGCACAGCAGCGUUUCAUACAGGUCAGCGGAGUCCAUGUGGACCGGCUUUUGACCAUACUUAUCGCUAUUUAAAACCUGUGGCAAAAUGAAUGCUUAUUUUACAGACCUUCUAAUUUGACCAGAUUUCUUAAUGAAUAGGCACAGAAGUAACUAGAAACAGCCUCACCCCAUGUAGCGUGCCAUGUCCUGAGACAGGUGCCCUCCCUACGAGGAGGGAAGAACAGGCCCUGGGGUGCAGAGGCCUGGCACGUAGGGUGUCUGGGGAGCUGAGAACCCCAGAUAGACACCGGUGGUGGAACUGGCGAAGCUCCACGCCCGCCUGGGAGGUCGUCAGGUUGCUGUGGAUGUGAGGAUAGCAGGUGCCUGGUGCUUCACUCAAGCAAGGGUGGAUCUGGGCCCCACCUCCAGAGAGGGCACAGGGCUGGACGGGGGCAUUGCGUGCUUGGGCUGACGCAGGCCGGUAGCAGGCGCUGCUCUGUCGGGAGAUUUGCAUCCCCAGGACCCUGUUGCACACGGGGCUGUUGGGCUGGUGGCUGGCGUUUCCUCCACGGACUUCCUCUUCCCGCCCCACCCGCACAGGCACACCUUGAAUCUGCACCCUCUGGAGGGCAUCUGUACUCCUGCGCAAAAUGCCCAGUCCAGAGACCAAACCUCAGACUGUGCACCUAGGCUUCCUUCUCAGCAGCGGAGACUGUUCCUUUGAGUUGCCUUGAAGUGGAGGCCGAGCGGCUGCGGGCCCUCCGCCUCCCUGCGGCUGACCUUGAUGUAGCUUUAAGUCGCACUAGACUGCAGAGGGGUCCGAGGCCAGAAGCCCCCGUCCUGCAUCAGACUUUCAUUCCCAAGCUCUUAGGCUUUGUUACUGAUACCUCAAAUUGGAAAUUUUAGUUCUGAGAAAGGCAAGUCAGCGUUCUUGAAACCUGGCUGGUAGAUAUGCAAUUCUGGCCUCCAGUCUUCCAUGAAAAUAAACGCUGCCUGGACCCCCCCCACCCCAGACCACACACUGACGGCCGGCCCCGGCGGUGCCCACCCCUCAGGCUGGCCCCGCACCCAGGACUGGCCACAGCCAGCUUUGUCAGCAUGUCGUGCUCAGACGAGCCGUUUCCUUCUGAGCAACCCAGGUGUGACCUGGGGAUGCGGAGCUUUCUGUUUUGGGUGUUGGGAGCCGCGGCGGGAAGGAGUCUCCAGAUCAAGCUCCUCCGCUGCUGUCGUCUGGGAAUGAGCUUCACCAGGUGGUCGGCACCCGGGAGCCGCGCAGAGGCUGUGGUGCUGAGUUAGACUCCAGGUACUUUGUGGUCAGAGUGUUACAGGAAAUCGCCUAGCUCCAGGCUGUGUAAUGACAGUAUUAGCAUAAAGGCCGUGCAGCCAUCAUGCCUGCUGAGCCUUGAGGCAGGCCUGGUCCAGAAAACUCUCUGGGUCAUGACUGCACAGGGCCAGCCGCCACCAGGACGGCCCUGAAGCAGGACAUCUGUUUUUGUCCCUCACCCUGGGCAGGCCCUGUCACAAUCACGAUCCUCCUCCUCCUCCCCGCCCCGAUGUCUGAGCACAGGGCUCGAAUUGUUAGUCCCAACUCUGGCCAAAGACACUUUCGUCCAGAGACAGAGGCCAGGAGGCAGCGACGGGAGCCCGGCGGGGAGGCGGCGGCUGCCACAGCCCUUCCAGCCUGUCUUGCUGGGCCCUGGUUCACAUUUGAGUUUAGUUGGACUGGCCCUGGACCCAGAUAAGCAGCAGUGUCUUUGGGGUCACAGACCAUUUUGGGGCAGUUUAAUGUGGUACCAAACUGAGUGAAACUAGGAGCUGUUUAUAGAUGGAGCAGCACUUAGUGCUUCAUAGAAAGCAAUGCCUACUUUUAAAGUUACAAAUGCAGCUAUUUACAUAGAUGUGCUUUGCCGAGAAGUUAGGUCUGUGGUAGACCAGAAACCACAAAUUGACUUUUUUUUUCUUAGAAAAUAUUUCUAUUUGCGGAAAAUACAGUAAUAUGUAAAUAAUGUACAUCUAUUGAUUUCUGGAGUGUUUGUUAUUCAAUGUAUAUACUGCCAUGGCUCGCAUGAAGAAACAGCCUCUCUCUCUCAUUUGGUUGUAAAGUGAACAGUAAGAUUGGAGGGUGGAUGGCUGUCAGUGCUCUUGCAAAUACUGUGCUCACUAAAUAAAAAUCACAUGUAUUGUUAAAACAA